AUGGCUGUUAGGUUCUCUCCAAAAAACGAUGCAAUAAAAGUCAGUCAAUACCGGGACCAACGGUUCAAGGGGUCAGUUCAAGAGCAGGAAAAACGUUUGCUUAAUUCAUCAACAUUAUACAUCGGAAAUCUUUCUUACUACACCACUGAGGAACAGGUUUAUGAACUUUUUUCUCGCACAGGACAUAUCAGGCGAGUUAUUAUGGGGGUAGAUCGUUUCAAACGGACCCCCUGCGGAUUUUGUUUUGUCGAGUAUUACCUAAGGAAGGAUGCUGAAGAUGCAGUGCGAUGCAUCAAUGGUACCAGAUUGGAUGACAGGAUUAUAAGAACUGACUGGGACGCCGGUUUUGUAGAAGGACGUCAGUUUGGUCGUGGUAAACAUGGUGGACAAGUAAGUUAG